UAAGGGAGUUUCAUAAUGGCAAAUACGGGAGUAUUGCCUUUUGUACGUGGAGUGGAUUUUACAAAAAAUGACUUCAGUGACAACAAAUUCCCUUCAGCUGUGAAGUUAAUGACAAGGUUGCAAUGGCUGAAUUUGGAUAAAACUCAUUUGACGGAUGUUCCCGAGGAGCUUGGCAAUUUAUUGAAGCUGGAACACCUGAGCCUGAAAAACAAUCAGUUGGAGAAACUUUUUGGAGAACUUACGGAAUUGACAUGUUUGCGUUCCUUAAACUUGAGGAGAAAUUGUAUUAAAAGCAGUGGUGUCCCACCGGAGCUAUUUCACCUCGAAGAACUUACCACUCUAGAUUUAUCGCACAAUAAGUUGAAGGAAGUGCCAGAAGGACUUGAAAAAGCCAAAAGCCUCUUAGUGUUAAAUCUAAGUCACAAUUUAAUUGAAUCCAUUCCAACAACAUUGUUCAUACAUCUCACUGAUCUUUUGUUUUUGGAUUUGUCUCACAAUAAGCUGGAAACAUUACCGCCACAAACAAGACGUCUUGCCAAUUUACAAACUUUAAUUUUGGCCGAUAACCCAUUGGAGCUGUUUCAGUUAAGGCAAUUGCCUUCAUUACAAAACCUUGAAGUGCUCAACAUGCGUAAUACUCAACGCACACUUUCAAACUUCCCCACCACAUUGGAUACCCUAUCGAAUCUGUCAGAACUGGAUUUGUCUCAAAAUAGUCUCCCCAAAGUUCCCGAUUGUGUUUACAAUUUGCCAAAUUUGAAAAGACUGAAUCUGAGCGAAAACGCUAUAUCGGAAAUUAGUUCAAACAUAGAGAACUGGCAACGACUAGAAGUUCUUAACCUGUCGCGCAAUGAAUUAACGAGUUUGCCAGCGUCCUUGUGCAAGCUUACGCAAUUGCGUAGACUGUAUCUCAACGAUAACAAACUAGAUUUCGAGGGAAUACCAUCAGGUAUUGGAAAAUUGUGUUGUCUUGAAAUAUUUUCGGCAUCCAACAAUCUACUGGAAAUGGUCCCCGAAGGCUUAUGCCGGUGUGGGUCUUUAAAGCGUCUAAACCUUUCAUCAAAUCGUUUGAUAACAUUACCAGAUGCAAUUCAUUUAUUGGAUGGUCUUGACCAGCUAGAUUUACGCAAUAAUCCCGAUUUGAUUAUGCCUCCAAAACCAACUGAAGCCACCAAGGGUGCUGGGGUUGAAUUCUAUAAUAUAGAUUUCUCCUUGCAAACACAGUUGAGGCUAGCGGGAGCUGCUGUUCCGCCAUCCGUUCCCGUUACAUCGACCCCCAAGGACUCCACAGCUCGAAAAAUUCGUUUGCGUCGUGGUCCACGUACUGAUUCCGCCCAGGAUUCGGCUAAAAUACUAAAGGGUAUGAAAGAUGUAGCAAAGGAUAAGGAUGAGGCGCAAGCAAAUCAGUCUUGGUGCAAUGAUUCUGAUGAAACGCGUCCGGAAUCAUUGAAGCCUAAACGGUGGGAUGAAUCGUUGGAAAAACCUCAACUCGAUUAUUCGAAAUUUUUCGAAAAGGAAGAUGGACAGCUGCCGGGGUUGACUAUAUGGGAAAUUGAAAAUUUCCUACCCAACAAAAUCGAAGAAGCCGCCCAUGGAAAGUUCUACGAAGGUGACUGUUAUAUUGUUCUAAAAACGAGUUAUGAUCUUAAGGGUCAACUCCAGUGGGAAAUUUAUUUCUGGAUUGGAAAUGAAGCCACAUUGGACAAGAGAGCAUGCGCAGCCAUUCAUGCUGUAAAUUUGAGAAACUUUUUGGGUGCUCUUUGUCGUACGAUUCGUGAGGAACAGGGUGAUGAAUCUGAGGAAUUUCUUGAUCUUUUCGAUACAUCAGUCACCUAUAUAGAGGGUGGUCGCACAGCUACAGGAUUCUAUACUGUCGAAGAUAUGCUAUACACUAUACGGUUGUACCGAAUUCACGCAGCCGGUUCCUCCAUACACAUGGAACCAGUUGGGGUAAGCAUGGAUUCGUUAGAUCCAAGGUAUUCCUUCCUUCUGGAUUGUGGGAUAAAAAUGUUCAUUUGGCUAGGAAGGUGUUCCAAGAACACGCUCAACUCCAAAACACGUUUGAUGGCAGAGAAAAUCAAUAAAACAGAGAGAAAGAAUAAAUGUGAAAUAAUCGUUGAGAUGCAAGGCAGUGAGAGUGAAGAACUUUGGCGUCAUUUGAACGCUGAUCCUGAAGAGGCACCCAAACAAAAAAUAUUGCAACACGUCCAGGAGAAUUUUGUGCCUUCAACACCGAGAUUAUAUCAAGUACAGUUGGGCAUGGGCUACCUUGAGUUGCCGCAAGUGGAAGUUCCGGAACAAAAACUAGUCUGCUCUUUGCUAGUGAGCAAAAACGUUUACAUUCUCGAUUGUUUUACUGAUUUAUUUGUGUGGUUUGGCAAGAAGUCGACGCGUCUAGUGAGGGCUGCGGCAAUCAAGUUAUCACGAGAGCUAUUUAAUAUGAUAACCAGGCCAGCAUAUGCCUUGGUUACUCGCUUGCAAGAGGGUGCCGAAACUCAGAUGUUUAAAUCGAAAUUCAUCGGCUGGGAUGAGGUUAUGGCCGUGGACUUUACCCGGACCGCGAAUUCUGUGGCCAAGACUGGUGCCGAUCUCACUAAGUGGGCAAAACAACAAGAAACUAGAGCUGAUCUGGCUGCACUUUUUAUGCCACGUCAAAAUCCCAUGCCUCUUAGUGAAGCCGAACAAUUGGAGGAGGAUUGGAAUUACGAUCUAGAAGCUAUGGAAGCGUUUGUGUUGGAGGGUAAAAAAUUUGUACGCUUGCCUGAGGAAGAGUUGGGUCAUUUCUACACUGGGGAGUGCUAUGUGUUCUUAUGUCGUUAUUGUAUUCCCGUAGACGAUGAUGAAGAUGGCACCGAUAUCGAUGAUAGCAAACCACCUCCAGAAGAUGAAAUACAAUGCAUUGUAUACUUUUGGCAAGGUCGCAAUGCAGGCAACAUGGGUUGGCUGACAUUUACCUUUACAUUACAAAAGAAGUUCAAAACAAUGUUCGGCGAAGAACUAGAAGUUGUACGGAUCCAUCAACAGCAGGAAAAUUUAAAGUUCCUUGCACAUUUCAAACGAAAGUUUAUCAUACAUACUGGAAAGCGUAAGGACAAGCAGAAAUCUCCCGAUGGUAAAUCGGCUGUGGAAUUUUUCCAUUUACGAUCGAAUGGCGGUGCCCUAACAACCCGCUUAAUACAAAUACAUCCUGAUGCGACAUAUUUAAAUUCUGCAUUUUGUUAUAUAUUGUAUGUCCCAUUUGAAACAGGCGAUGAUUCACAAUCGGGUAUAGUUUAUGUUUGGCUUGGUUCGAAAUGUUGUCCUGAGGAAGCAAAAUUAAUACAAGAAAUUGCAGAAGAUAUGUUUAACAGUCCCUGGGUUAGUUUGCAAAUUUUAAAUGAGGGAGAAGAACCCGAAAACUUUUUCUGGGUGGCAUUGGGCGGACGCAAGCCGUAUGAUACCAAUGCCGAUUACAUGAACUAUACCCGACUGUUCAGAUGCUCCAACGAAAAGGGCUAUUUCACUGUGGCUGAAAAAUGCACAGACUUCUGUCAAGAUGACUUAGCGGAUGAUGAUAUAAUGAUUCUAGAUAACGGCGAGCAGGUGUUCCUAUGGCUCGGCUCACGAUGUAGUGAAGUUGAAAUUAAAUUAGCUUACAAAUCUGCACAAGUUUAUAUACAACACAUGCGAAUCAAGCAACCUGAUCGUCCGCGUAAAUUAUUUUUAACUCUUAAAAAUAAAGAAUCGAAACGUUUCACAAAAUGUUUCCACGGCUGGGGCGUCCAUAAAUCUCCCCCGGAAUAG